UUUUCCCCAAAUUUUGCAUCUUCUUAAGGCAGUUAAUUGAGUUCUAUGUUUUCUUAGAUUCUUCCUUUUUUAAUUUCCUUUUUUUUUUGGGUGCUUUUCUAAUUAAAUGGGUGGAUUUGGAUUAAUUUAUUGUAAAUUUAUAUUUUUUUGUUGUAAUUUAGUAGUUGAUAGUGCAAUUAUUGCAGCUUAUAAUUUAUCAAUUGUAGAUUGUUGGAGUAAUUUAUGAGAGAACUGUAUUGCAAUAAAUGCAAUUUGGAUUUUACUUAUUGUCUGAAUUUAUUUAUGUCAUCAUUUCUGGAAAUGGGCCUCUUUUAAUUUUCAAAAUUGUAUGUUAUCUGCUUUCUAAAUUACGUAAAAGGGUUUAAUUUAACUUUCAAAGAUUGGAAUGAUUUUGCUGUUUGUGGAAUAGAAUUGGAAUUUGAUACACGGUUUACGUCUAUCUUUGCUGGAUUUUAUAUUCUUUGGAUAAUUUUGCUUUCUAUUAACUAUUUUAGUCUUUCUGUAUAUGAUGACUUUUUUCUGUCGUUUCCAAAUUCGUUAUCUGUAAGAGUUGUUCUUAUAUUAUCCCAACGACUUUUGUUUCCUUUUGUAGAUUUAAUAUGUUUGUGUAUGCUUUCGCAAUUCUUAUUUAACAUGUGAAUAAAAGGAGUGCCAUGGUUGAUCCACUUGUAGUUUGUCUUGAUGCAUAAAGAGCGUGUAUUGGAAAAGAAAAUGAUGUACCUGUGUGAGUUGGAGUGCAAGUAUGAAAAAGUGUGAGGAAAACAUGCUGCCUUUUUUUGGUUCUUUGUAUUCUAAUUAUGCGUGUCUUCUAUCUUUUAUCUGGUUUCAGGUUUUGGAUGGUUCUCACCUGUUGGUAGGGAUUUGUGUGUGAUUACAUAGAGAUGAGUCACACAAAAAAUGAGAGGGAAGAAGGCAUGCUCUCUAAGGAUCAGACAGAAUUGCCAUUGAUUGGUGAUGGUAGCUGUGGAGGAGGUGCAGGUGGGGGAGUUGCUCUGAAGAAAGGACCAUGGACAUCUGCUGAAGAUGCAAUUUUGAUUGAAUAUGUGAAGAAGCAUGGGGAAGGCAACUGGAAUGCAGUUCAGAAGCACUCUGGACUGUUUCGUUGUGGAAAAAGUUGCCGCUUACGUUGGGCAAAUCACUUGAGGCCCAACUUGAAGAAAGGGGCAUUUACUCAAGAAGAAGAACAGCUGAUCAUCGAACUCCAUGCAAAGAUGGGAAAUAAAUGGGCUCGGAUGGCUGCACAUCUGCCUGGUCGUACAGAUAAUGAGAUAAAAAAUUAUUGGAAUACCCGGAUUAAAAGACGUCAACGUGCUGGGUUACCUCUGUAUCCUCCCGAAGUGUGCUUGCAAGCACUGCAGGUGAGCCACAGUACCAGUGCAGUUAAUGGAAGGGAUAAAGGACCUCAUGAUACCUUGCAGAACAACAGCUAUGAGAUCCCUGAUGUCAUAUUUGACAGUUUAAAGGCCAAUCAAAAUGUCCUGCCCUAUGUCCCCAAACUUCCUGAUAUAUCUGCUGGCAGCAUGCUGAUGAAAGGUCUAGGUUCUUCUCAGUAUUGUAGUAUCAUGCCUCCAGCAAUCCAUCGCCAGAAGCGUCUUCGAGAAUCAAUGGCCUUUUUCCCUGGUUACACUGCUACUGUUAAAAAUGAAUGCCCCUUGUUUGAGCAGUUGCAAGAUGAUAUGUCGGACAAGGCUGCUCGAUCCUUUGGGCUGUCUUUUCUGAUUGAACCAGAUCCUGCAACCAACAACUCCCAGUCAUUUGGUGCAUUCCCUGGUAGCCAUGCCCUUUCAAAUGGCAAUUUCUCUGCUUCAGAGCCCUCUUUUGAGGCUGUGAAGUUGGAGCUCCCUUCACUCCAAUAUCCAGAAACUGAAUUGGGUAACUGGGGCACAUUAUCUUGCCCACCACCUUUACUUGAGUCUGUCGAUGCUUUUAUACAGUCACCACCACCAACCAGCGGAGUGCAGUCAGAUUGUCUUUCACCCCGUAAUAGUGGCCUGCUGGAUGCUUUAAUUCAUGAGGCAAAAACUCUAAGCACUGCAAAGAAUCAUGCAUCUGACAAGAGUUCAAAUUCAUCAACUCCCGAUGAUAUAGCUGAAAGUUCCAUUUUCAACAUUUGUGAGACCGAAUGGGAAAACUGUGGUGAACCUCUUUCUCCAAUGGGUCAUUCAGCAACUUCUCUUUUCAGUGAAUGUAUCAGUGCAAGUGGCAGUUCAUUGGAUGAACAGCCACCUGCUGAAACCUUUACUGAGUCCCAUGUAAAAUCAGAAUCAGCUGACCGUGCUUUGACCCCUGAGGUACAAAAAGAGGCUCCUAUUCAGCUGGACAAUAGUCGCCCUGAUACUUUACUUGCUUCAAAUUGGCUUGAGCAGGAUUCUGGUUAUAAUAAGGACCAGACAAUCAUGACCGAUGCCAUAGCAACCCUUCUCGGUGAUGAUUUGAGUAGUGAGUACAAGAAUAUGGCAGCUGGAACAUCUAUUUCAAGUCAAGCAUGGGGCCUUGGUUCUUGUGUAUGGAAUAACAUGCCUGCUGUCUGUCAAAUGUCUGAACUCCCUUGAGAUCUGCUAUCUCCAUUGUAUGAACUUCUCCGAAGCUUUUUGUUUGUUUUGUUCAUUCCAUCAUUUGUUUGAUGUGGGUAGUCAAGCGAACCUGAUGUACUGAAGUUCAUUUGGGGUGAGACUAUAAUAUGGUAUUAGUCAUGGAUGUUG